GAUGGCGGCGGAUGUGGGCGGAUCGCGGCGGCAGCUCCUCCCGGCCCGCCGCGGGCGGGUGUCCCUUGCAGCGGAAGCGGCGGCGGGAGCGGCCGCGUGGUGCGGGACGGGCCCGGGGGCAGGUCUCCGCUUGAGCCCGGGACGUUCCGGCCAGCCCAGAGGUGUGAUCCAGCAUUUUGGAGUGUCCCCAGGGCUGCAGGUCCCCGUGGGGUGUGACAGAAUGAUCAUCAUGUGGGGAGGAGGGAGAGCUCGAGAAGGAUGGAGGUGGAGGGAGAAGGCUGCUGAUCCUUCCCCGAGGGCCACCCAGGGAGCACUGGUCUGCACUGGUCCCGCCAUGGCGCUGCCGUCCGCAGCUCUCCUGCCCGGCCUUCUGCUGGUGGCCGACGCCGUGGCGCUGGUGCCGCUGGUGCCGCUGGUGCCGCUGCUGGCGCCGCUGGGCGUGGCGGGCGCGUGGCUCGAGGCCGCCCUGCGCCUGCCCGUCCUGGCCGCGGCCACGCGGCUGCUGCCCCCGCGCCGUCCCUGCGGAGCCACCGCGGCCGCCGUCACCGUCGCCGCCACCCCCGCGGCCUUCGGAACAUUCCGGCACCUCCUGGGGCCGCCCGGGGCUGGCCCGGGGCUGUUGGCGGCCGCCGCGCCCGCCUGGCUCGGGGUCACCCACGCGGCCGCCGCAGUGGCGCUGCUGGCCUGGGCCACGCCCCCGGCCCCCGGCGGUGUCCCUGAGACCCUCGGCGACGUUCCCAAGGCUCGUGGCACCGUCUGGCGCGUUCUGCAAUUGACCUGGGAGGAGCAGAACGUCCUUGGAGCUGCCUUCCUCUGCCUCGUGCUGGCAGCCAUUGGGGAGACGUUGGGACCAUAUGUCACUGGGAAGGUGCUGGAUGCCAUCGGGAGUGGGGAUGGACUCACCGCUGGAGCUGUCGGGAUGGUGGUGGCUGCCGGAGCUGCCAGUGUGCUGUUUUCCGGGUGCCGUGGGGGGCUCUUCAUGCUGUUGAAAGCGCGUCUCCAUCAGAGCCUGAGCCUCCGGCUCUUCUCUCACUUGGUGCGCCAAGACCUGGACUUCUUCCAGGGAACCCCGGCAGCUGAGCUCGUGGCUCAGUUUUCCAUGGAAGUGCCACGGGUGUGCAUGGCAGCACCGAGUGGAGCCAACCUGCUGUUCCGAAGCCUGGGAAUGGCACUGGUGGUGGGGUCAUUCAUGGUGGGGCUGGCACCGGGGCUGGCGCUGCUGGCGCUGCUGCAGCUGCCCCUUGAAAUCGCCACCCACCGCAUCCAGAGUGCCCGGGAACAGGCACUUCAGCGAUCCAUGCUGGAAGCAUCCGCCCGGACAGCCUCGGGGGUGCAGGAAUCUGUUGCCACCAUCGAGACAAUCCGUAUGUUUUCGGCGGAAGAGGAAGAGGAGGAGCAGCACAGAUGGAACCUGGCCAAGGAGCUGAGGCUGAAGGAGCAGAUGAAGCUGGAGCUGGCACUCUUCACCCUUGUCGAGAGGAUGCUCCAGCUGGCCAUCCGGGUCCUGGUGCUCUUGCGGAGCCACCAGCAGCUCCGUGACGGAUACAUCACUCCUGGGGUCCUCGUCACCUUCUUGCUGUACCAGGACACAGUUGGCAGCCAUAUCAAGGUGCUGCUCUACGGCUUCAAUGAAUUCCUGAACAAAGCGGCUGCCGGACAGAAGAUCUGGGAAUACCUGGAUCGGAAACCCACAGGGGAUGUCGGGGGGACGAGGGAGCCCCCUGAGCUUCAGGGCCACGUCACUUUUCAGAAGGUUUCCUUUGCAUAUCCUGGGAAUCCAGAGCACCCUGUGCUGAAGGAUGUAACCUUUGAGGUGCGUUCCGGGGAGGUGACAGCGCUGGCGGGGCCCAAUGGAAGCGGGAAGAGCACGGCUGUGGCACUGCUGGAGCGGCUGUGGGAUCCUGGGAGUGGGAGGGUGCUGCUGGAUGGGAUCCCGCUGCCAGAAUAUGAACACCAGUACCUGCACCGGAAGGUGGUGCUGGUGGAGCAGGAUCCCGUCCUGUUUUCCGGAACGAUCCGUGAGAACGUCGUGCUGGGGCUGGAGCACUGUGAAGAGUCAGAGCUGCGGGAGGCUGCCACUGCUGCCGGAGCCAUGGACUUCAUCCAGGGGCUGGAGCGGGGCUGGGACACCGAGGUGGGGGAGCAUGGGGGGCAGCUGGCGGCAGGGGAGCGGCGCCGCGUAGCCCUGGCCCGGGCUCUGCUCCGGCGGCCGGCCGUCCUCAUCCUCGACGAGGCACUGGAUGAUGGAGAUGAGGGGGCGCCCCAGGCACAGCACUGGCUGCGCACUGGGCUGGCCCAGACCGUGCUGGUCGUGUCCCACCGGCCACGAGUGCUGGAUGCGGCCGAUCGCCUCGUGGUGCUGGAGCGCGGAGCCGUGGUGGAGACAGGAACGCCAGCAGAGCUGCAGGAAUGCUGUGGGGCCUACAGCCGCCUCCUCCUUGGCGGAGGCCCCCAGGAUGGGCAGUGAGAAGGGGGCUGCGUCCGGCCGGUAAUAAAGGGGAAUCGGCCCCAGUGUCCCCAUUCCUGGUGUUUGUGUCCCCAUCCAGCUCCUGGUGCCCCCAGUCACAAUGUCCUGUGAAUCCCUUAUCCCCAUGUCCUCUGGAUCCCAACUCCCUGUGUCGCCUUGGUCCCUGUGUCCCCACCAUGUCCCCUAGGUCCCCACAUUCCCUGGAUCUCUGUGUCUCCUGGAUCUCCAUUCCUCAUGUCCCCUGUAUCCAUCCCUGUAUCCCACACGUGCAGAUUACCUCUAUCCAAGCCCCACCAUGUCCCCGUGAUCCUUGGUCCCCAUGUCCCCCAUGUCUGCUCCUGGACACGGGACACCGAGUGGGAAAUAAAUCCCAAAGGAUGGGUC